GUCUGGAAGGGGCCCGGCCCGCGGCCUCAGGGGCCUCGCGGAGCAGCCUCCCCGCCCCCCGCGCUUGCAGCGCGGCCCAGGGAGGGGGCGUCAUGUCCCAACGGGUGAGGCGCAAUGGGUCCCCCACGCCUGCCGUCCCUCUCGGCGGAGGUGCGGGCACCGCGUCCGGCCCCGGCCCCGGGGGCGCCCCCGGGAGCCGCCUGCAGCCCAUGAGGGCCACUGUGCCGUUCCAGCUGAAGCAGCAGCAGCAGCAGCAGCAACAUGGCAGCCCCACGCGGAGCGGCGGCGGCGGCGGCGGGGGUAACAACAACGGCGGCGGCGGCGGUUCUGGACCCCCGGGAGGCGGCGGUGGAGGAGGAGGAGGAGGUGGUGGCGGCGGCGGCGGCGUCAACGUCCCGCGCACCUCCUCGCGCAGCACGAGCCCCACGCGCGCCGGCGCCGGCGGGCCCAGCGCUCGCGCCAGCCCCACGGUCGCCACGCAGACGGGCGCGCCCCCGACGUCCACGCGGGGCACCAGCCCCACGCGGGGCGCGAGCGCGCGGGGCAGCCCUCCCCGCUCUCAGCCCCCGCCCCCGCAGCCGCUCCUGGGAACCGUCUCGUCCCCCUGCUCGUCUCCCAUCCAUCUUCUGCCGAGCGACGCCGGCGCGUCCCCUGCAGCUGCCCGGGUCCGACACCCGAGGCGGUCCCCGGAGCAGAGCCGCAGUUCCCCGGAGAGGAGGAGCCCCAGCUCUCCGGUCUGCAAAGCCGGUGACAAAUCACGGCCACCUUCAUCAAGCCCUUCCAGCAUUAUUCGUCGAACUUCUUCAUUAGAUACACUUGCUGCCCCUUAUCUUGCAGGACACUGGCCUCGUGAUACUCAUGGGCAGUCUGUUCCAUGCAUGAGGGACAAAUCUACACAGACAGAGAGUGCAUGGGCUGAAGAGUAUGCAGAGAAGAAGAAAGGAUCCCACAAGCGUUCAGCAUCUUGGGGCAGCACAGAUCAGCUUAAAGAGAUUGCAAAACUGCGCCAGCAGUUACAAAGAAGUAAACACAGCAGUAGGCAUCAUCGGGAUAAAGACCGGCAGUCUCCAUUCCAUGGCAACCAUGCAGCCAUUAACCAGUGUCAGGCUCCUAUUCCAAAGAGUAUACUUAUUCCAGUGAUUCCCAUCACCAAAUCCACAGGGUCACGCUUCAGGAAUAGUGUGGAAGGGUUGAAUCAGGAGAUCGAAAUAAUAAUUAAAGAAACUGGUGAAAAAGAAGAGCAGCUUAUACCACAAGAUAUUCCAGAUGGUCAUCGGGCACCUCCUCCCCUGGUACAGCGCAGUAGUAGUACGCGCAGUAUUGAUACCCAAACACCUGGUGGAGCAGACAGGGGAAGUAACAAUAGCAGCCGCUCCCAAUCUGUGUCCCCCACUUCAUUCCUUACCAUCUCAAAUGAAGGUAGUGAAGAGAGCCCUUGUUCUGCUGAUGACCUUCUUGUUGAUCCCAGAGAUAAAGAAAAUGGGAACAAUUCUCCUUUGCCCAAAUAUGCCACCUCACCAAAACCUAACAACAGCUAUAUGUUUAAACGGGAACCUCCUGAAGGCUGUGAAAGGGUGAAAGUCUUUGAGGAAUGCUCGCCAAAGCAACUCCAUGAAAUCCCAGCCUUUUACUGUCCUGACAAGAACAAAGUGAAUUUCAUCCCUAAGAGCGGCUCUGCCUUCUGCCUGGUCAGCAUCCUCAAGCCACUUCUUCCCACCCAGGAUCUUACCCUGAAGGGCUCGAGCCACGGCCUGACUGUCUCCACCGGCAUGGCCCCCACUCUGCUGCAGCCCAUCACCAUGGCCUCCCUGUCUGCCAGCCCAGAGCAAGAGCGGAUCUCUCGAGGAACGAGUACCGUGAUCCCGCAGGCCUCUCUGCUCCAGCAGUCGGGACCCUUGGAGGAGGCGGAAGGAUAGGUCACCGCCGCCUGGGCGCUGCUCUGGGAAACCGAGAGAACCGAGUUGGGAACAAGGAGGGAGGGAGCCUCCCGGGCCCCACCUCUCUCCAGCAUCGAGUCUGCCCCAAGAGACUUCUGCUUUUUGAUAGUGACAUGCCUCAGCUGUCUGUGGUGAUGAUGUCAUGAUGAGCUUCUGUAAGCAAGCAGUGCUUGGGACUGCUGUAUCUCAUUUGUGAAGUCUCAAACUCAGUUCACAUCUCACUUUUUUUUUUUUUAAAGCACUGGUUAAAAGAAAAAAAGCUGUAUCAUUCUUUACUUUUGGUGGACCAUUUUAUCACAAUGUUUUUUGUGUCCCAAGUUAGACUUUUUUAAGAGCAAACAGAUCCCUGCAAACAUAAUUACCAAAGGGAGAAGUUACUGAUGCUGCAAGAACAACCAUCUUUUAUAUGAAAAUGACUAUUUUAUAAUAAUAACAAAUGUUAAUUUUCAGAUGCAUAGCAGACAAUAGGAUGUUCAGAAGACAUUUCCCUGGCCACUGUUUAUUUGUUUUUUUCUAGAUGUAUGCUAUUCUCAGCUGUUCUCCAGCUGCUGGGACCAAAGGGAUUGUUGAAAUUUUCCAGCAAUCUUAGUUGCUUGACUGUUCUUCUCCCAACCAACAACCGAUAAAUAAAUGCAUUGAACGUUUGUAUGUUAAAAAAAACAAACAAAAAAAAAAACAACACAAAGCAAUAUUAGUUCAUUAUGUGAUGUUGUUUUUUGAUGUCAAAAGUUUUGUGCUUUGGAUAAACCAUCCUUUUAAAAGUGCUAUUCCCUCUUCCACAUUUAAGAUUCCUAUAUACCUUUAUCUGCAUGGUGAAAAAAAAAACUACACUCUGGAUACAAGUGCUUUAAUAUGCUAUCAGUGGAGUUUUGUUAGAAAAUCAAUGAGCCAAAAAGUAACUUAACCCCCGUUCUUGAUCACUAUAGUUAGGAGUUAGAAUACUCCUCUAGUUUUUGACAAUGUGUGAAAUCAUGUGAUUUUUCCCCUUAGCACAAAAAUCACUUCUUCAGCUCCACCCUCAGUGUAUUGUAACCCCAAGUGAUCCUGAUGUGGCUGUGCAUGGUUCCUCUCCCCUGCUUUUGUAACCUUGCAGUCAGUGUUGUGGAUUUAUUCAGGGCAGAUUGUGCUCUGUUCCACUGCAGCCAGUGGUCCCCCUUCUUGCCCCCUCCCCAAAGGUCACCCUCCUGAUCUCAGUCUCUGAGGGUAUGGUUAGAUAAGCUUUUUUUUGUUUGUUUUGUGGGGUUUUUUUUUUUCCAUGUAAGGGAAAAAAUAGAAAGGAUAAUUAAAAUGGAAAGGAAAUUAAAGAGGGGGCUCUUCUCCCAAUGACACAAAUUUCAGCUUCAGCAAGUCCUCACACAAAAAACUGCAGAUAGAACUAGUAGCUGUAGGUAUUUGAUUAUCAAAGCAACUCUCAGAAAAAUUCAAGAUAAGAACGUUAGUGGUUAUGUUGUAGAGAGUUUGAGGGGUAACUUGUGCAGUGUCAAAGUAAAGUAAAUAAAACCAAUAGAAGCAUCCUUUUAAAAACUUCAUACAGUAUCUAUCUUAAUAUGCAAUAAUUUUAUAUCCCUAUAAAUAUUAUCAUCAGAAUCCAGUAUUAGGCACUUGAAAUGGAGAAAACAACUUUAAUGUUCAAUCAGCCAUAGUUUUUCUAAGCUCACAGUUCUAUCCCUUCCAGGAAAAACUGGUAGUAGCAAUAAGUGUUUUCAAAAGACUGUACCAAACUUGUAUUCAUGUUCCUUUCAAACAAUUGGUUGAUCAAAACCUGUUAAGUAAUUUUAAAAUGAUGUGACUUAGCCAUAUGCAAAUAUUUGAAUAAAUCUGUUACACAUCAGUUGGUAGGUACAGUGUACUUUGAUACCCUUUUUAUCUGAGAUGAAGUCUGAGUAUACUAUAUCUCCUUGUGCAGCAAAGCUUUCAAUUAUUCAGAAGCUAAUCAUCCAGUUGUUAUCUCAAAAUCCCAUUUCUCUGCCAUCUUGUUUCUGUCAGAGAUAAUUCAUUGUUCAUUAGCUACUCUACUAAAAAAGAGCCAGGGAUAUGAAGAGAUGAAAAACAAAUCCAUUAAUUUGGGUCUGUUACUGCUUCUGGUGAAAGGUGCAGGAAGAAGUUGAAAUCAAUGACUUAAGAACACUACAGUUCCCAGGUAAUUUAUGAAUUUUAAUAGUCUGCUAUAUUUUCUCUUCCUUUUAUACAAAACCUACCUUUAAAAAAAUUAUAAGUAAUCCAGAUUGGUUGCAAAUUGAAUGCUGUUACCCAGAUGUAUACCUCUAUCCAACACAGACAAUAUCUUGAAAUGUUCCACAUUUACUAAAUCUGAAACAUUUAAAAAUUACACUUGAAGCAGAUGUUUAAGAAUUUUUAUGUUGACUUGAAAUUGAAACAAAAUCUUAUCUAAUCCUUAGCUCCCAAAUAGAAUACUUCUCUUGGCUUCCAAAUUAAGCUUGAAUGCAUUCUUUAGAUCUUGAGCUUUGAGUCUUUUUGUUUCAUUUGAUUUGAUACAGAACUUUACAGCAUUUGCCAAAGGGCUAAUUUCAGCAUAAGCUUCUAUUGUAAUUUUGAAAAAUUAUUCACAACUCUAUCAGUCUUUCACCAAUCUCUUUUCAUGGCAGCUGAUGAAUUUAAGAUGACGCUUAAUCUUAAAUAUAAUGUUGCUACUACAAUUAAGUUCUUAGGUUUAUGAGCUAUUAAAUAGAAUAAAAUUUUUAAUGGAUGAGAUUGGGGAGAAAAUAUUAGUUUAGAAAGUGUUAUGUUCCAAAAAUAUUAACCAAGCAGUGUACACACCUCCUAAGUAGGCGUGUGUGUAUGUGUGUAUAUUUAUGCAUAUAUUCACAUAGUGGCAGAGGUAGCAUAAAUUAAUUAUAUAUUCAGGUCAAGGAUCAUGGAUUUAGGGCUAAAAAAGGGACCUUAAAGAUCAUCUCCUUGAACUCCUUAAUUUUACAGAUGAGGAAAAUGAAGCCAAAAGUGGUUAAAUGACUUGUUGCAUCACAUAAUUAAUAGGCUGAACUGGGACAGAAAUGUAGGUCUGCCAUCUCCAAAUCAAACAUUGUACCACGUUCCUGGUGGAGGAUUGGGGCUGAGAAGAACAAGUGUUCCUCUGGAGAAGACUGUCCUCUUUUUUUUUUUUUUUUUUUCUGUAGAUGAGUUUUUCUUGCUGUCAGAUAGCUUUCUUAAAAUAAAAAGCCAAUUUAUUAUCUUUGAACUUGAAUAUCAGGUGGUGUGGUGUGAGAGAAGGGGACAAGACUUGGAGUGAGAAUUUAAUCAAAUCGGUGGCAGGAGGCCAGCCAACCCUCGGUGGGUUUCUUCAUCUGUAAAUGAGAGUGAUGGUUGGGCUAGAUGAUGAUACCUUUCAACUUUAAAUCCUAUAAUCUCAUUCCUCAAAGCUCAGUGAUUACAAUUGCUUGUUUUCCCCCUGUUAAUGAUAUGGCUUAUCAUGAGUACUAAAAUAAGUCUUACAUUCCAUAAGUUCCUCGCUAGGAUGUUCAAAAAACGUCCACUGAAGGUUGGAAAUUCAGUGGGACCUUUUAAAAUGCUGUGAUGUGAAGAAGCCAUUUUGUUCUACCUGUGGAAGAAAUGACUGGUGAAGCAGAAAAGCUUUCAUUUUUUCCCAGUAUGUAGAUUUUGCUGGAAGAAAGUGAUGAUUAGCUAAAAACCUACUUUUCAUCUCUUUUGUUAAAUAAUAAAAGUGCCCUACAUGCCACCAAUAGGGUUCACUUUAUUACUCUGUGUUUUAGAAACAUUUCAUAAUUAAGAUAGUUUUUUUUUAAUCCAGUUAUAUCAUUGGUGCUGUAACUACCAUUAAUAUUGAAAAAUUUUGACUUGGCACUUUACAUCUUAAACCUAGUUGAAGAACUUAUUUUAAGUGGAACAGCCAACAACAAAUAGCACACUGAUGAUAGAGAAUUUGGGGGAGGUAUUGGAAAAAAUCUCAUUACAUCUUUCAUUUACAUUGAGGGUGUGCACUUAUAAGAAAAGUUUUCCUUGAAAAAUUGUCCUGUACAUCAGUGUUGUUAAUGAUGUUAAAUAUUCUCAUAUGUAUAAAAGGUGUUAAGUGUGUACGUUGUACCUUAAGAAUCGUCGGUGCCUCAUGGAAAAAAGUAGUUUAAAUUUUAUGUAAAGACAAGGUAUUUGUGCAUCUUGGUGGAGUUAACAGAUAUUUUUCCUUCCUACUGUUAAAAGAAUAUUUCCAUGAAAAGUUUGCAUUAUAUUUUUGCUCCAGAAGUAUCUUUGUUUCUUUAAUUUGUUGUAAAUGCAUUUACAGUAGUAAACUGAUCCAAAAAAAUUAGAUGCAGGUAAAGUAGCAAGAUGAUGAUCUAGUCAACCCUUGCUUCUUUGCUGUCCUCUCCAGUACCCAGAAGAACAUCAGCUCCAGGAGCUAUGUUAUAGAUGACUAUUGAAAGAAACACUGGUAAAGAUUAAGAGUGGGUUUUUCAAGAAGUGCCUGUUGUAACCUGAGGUGAGUUUGCUUCUGGGCUUGUUUCCUUUCUCUCUGAAGAAUGAAAGGCCCUUGCUGGGAACUGGUUUUCCAUCCAUCCUCUGCUUUGGACCAGUAGCAUGUGUUCGGAAGACAUUCAUCUUGGGUUAAGGUACAGGCUUUCUCAGCGGAGACCGCCAACCUUGCUAGUGUUGCAUUGAGGUACCAGGUACCAUGAAAUAUAGUAGGGAAAGCUGGGAAACAUUGGACCCACAUUAAAUGAGAAAAGAAAUCUCCAUUGCUACCAGUGACAAAAAUAACAAUGACUUUUUCUUAAAAAUUAAAAACUAAAGAGGUAAAAUAUAGUCAAAACCAAAUGAAAUAAAAAUUUUUAAUUAGCUAGAAUUGAAUACUACCCCACCAUUUUGUUAAUAAAGCUCUUCCGUUGUAAUUUGAGUUACCAAGCUGGGUUAUGGUAGGUGACUUUUCUUUUGUCCUCUUCCUUUUAGUUAUUCAUAUUUCUCUUUCCUUACCCUUUUGAAGACUGUAGGAUUAGCUGAGAUGUGAUUUCCAGCAUCUUAAUCUUCAUUCAUCUGUCAUUGUUACCUGACUUGACAGUAUUAAAUGUGCAAGAAACUUACAUUUGGAAGCUACUGUGAUCAUUUCUCCUUCAGUUGGUAUCUACAAGCUUUCUCCAAAAUAUAGAAUGAUUGUUUUCACAGCAGUUCACUGCCUUUGAGACAUAGCCUGAAUUUUUUCUCUUGCCAAAAUAAGUUAUUUUUGUCAGUACGUUUUUUAAAAUCUUGAUUUUUAUCAGAAAGCUACAUGAGAUUUACAAUGUGUUGUUUACAGUCUUUGUCGCUACAUAUGGCUCCUUUUUCCAAAAGUCCUAUCUUUGGAUAUGCAGAAAAGUUUUUUUGUUUGGAGCUGUUUUUUGUUUACUAAAAUAUGGAUUUGAGACUAAGUCUGCAAGACAUUUCUUCUUAGAAGAGGUUUUCCAGCCUAGCCGCGCCCAUCUGAUUCAUAGCCCUUAAAAUAAAUUCUCCAGAAUGUCACUUGUGUUGCAUUGAUUUGUUUGUUUUUUUACAAGACACUUGUAAAUAUAAGUAUGUGACUUGCA